CUUCGAGCAAGCGGAGCCUGAGGCGGGGCCGUGUCCGGGUCGGGGAUGCUUUGUCGCGUCUUCCGUCCGGUAACAGGCGCGGGCUUGUGGUGGAGAGUUGUGGACGUGUGCGUUUUUAUCUCUUUUGGAGGCUUGGUCGGUAGUUGACAUUUUUUGCCGAUCGUUUAACAUUUUAUUCUUCGGAAUGAUGGACUUCCUUUUGGCUAUAGGAACGGAAGUGUUUACGGAAGAAAUGUUUUUAAGAGAAGUGAAUAGAAAUAAACCAUUUUGAGGAAGCCAUGGCAAAAUCAAUUACAAAACACAGAGUUUGUUCUCGGCAAUCUUCAGUAUCUUCUCUGUUAGCAAGCUGCAGCCUGAGUGGUAGUAAUUCCUCUAACUCUGAUGGCUCUUUUCAGUAUAAGGAUAAACUGUAUAGUUCUGCAUCUCAGGCUCUACAGGCCUAUAUUGAUGAUUUUGAUUUAAGCCAAAUGUAUCCUGGUGCAAGCACUGGAAAGAUUAACAUUGAAAGAUGUUCCGCUAAUAUACCAGAAUUCUCCAACUGUAUUUAUAAACCAAAGAAUGCUUUUGAAAAUCUUGAUCCCAAAAAAUGCUCCUCUUCAUCCUGUAGAAGAAAGACUGUUAAUGACAUAGACUCCAUUAGCCUAACAACUGAUGAUCUAUUAAAACUUCCAGCAGAUGGAUCAUUUUCUUUAACUUGCAUUGGAUCAAGUCACCAAAUUAGCAAGAAAAACAAGAAAUGCAUUCGAAGACUGAGUUCCUCGGAUACUGAAAAGAAUCAAAAUUUUCGAGAACCUUCCACUCCCAUGUGCAAAGAUAACUUAGUUACUCCUGUUGUAUACACAAAUAUAAAUGGAAAGCAACGUGGUAGGCUAAAAAAAACAAAACUUGUGAAUAAGACUAAUAAGUGGGUUUCUGAACCAUCUUUAUCAUUUUCCAAGAAGUUGUCUUUCAAAGACAGUUCAGAACACAAACUUGAAAAGAAUUAUCCAAGAUGGCUCACUAGCCAGAAAUCUGACCUUAAUGUUUCAGGAAUAACUAGUCUACCUGAUUUCACAUACCCAGUCUGGCUCCACCAUCAAGACUUGCUACCUGAUACAAAUAGUCAAAGGAUUUCUAAAAUAUUUAAAGAAGAUCAUUGUUCCCCUAGACAUAGUUACCAGGCACAAAGAACUUCUCGACUUAUGAAUAAAUUGGAUAGUUUUGAAUAUUCUUUUGAACCCUCAAACAUUUCAGACUCCUUGAGUGAUGAUAAAGGAUUAGUUAAUGAAUAUAAAUGUGAUUCUGAACAUAGCCAGUGUCAAUGUGAGAAUCCAGUUCUCCCAGGACAAACCAAAAAGCCAUUCAGUGGUGACAAAAUUGAAUUGCUUAUCCUGAAGGCCAAGAGAAAUCUAGAGCAUUGUACUAAAGAGUUACCGAAGUCUACAAAGAAGGAUGAUAGUCCUUGUUCAUUAGAUAAACUUGAAGCAGAAAGAUCAUGGGAAAAUAUUCCUGUUACUUUCAAAUCUCCUGUUCCUGUUAAUUCUGAUGAUAGUCCUCAACAAACUUCAAGGGCAAAGUGUGCUAAAGGGUUCCUUGAAGAUUUUUUAAAUAAUGAUAAUCAGAGCUGUACCCUUUCUGGAGGGAAACAUCAUGGUCCUGUUGAAGCACUGAAACAAAUGUUAUUUAAUCUUCAAGCAGUACAAGAAAGCUUUAAUCAGAAUAAAACAGCAGAACUGAAAGAAGAGAUUAAGCAAGUUUCAGAAGAUAAUUUCUCUAAAUUACAGUUGAAGGAAAGUAUGGUUCCUAUUACUAGGUCACUUCAAAAAAUUUGCUGAGGAUUUGGUUUUCUAAGGAAGUGGUGGAAAAGUGAAACACUAGACAUGUAAACUUAGGACUCUAAUUGCCAUGAUAUGUAUGUGUAUGUGUGUGUAUACACACACACACAUUUUUUUGUUUCCAUGGUUUAAAAAUAUAUGUAUGUAUGAUUUUUCCCCCUCUACUUAUAAUGUCCUGGGUACAAAUAAUGCCUCUUUCUUUAUAGCCUGCCAUAGUACUUGGGGAUAAUGUUCCUAUCCAGUAGGAGUCAGUGAAUAAUGAUAAUAACUAACAUUUAUUGAACACUUACCAAAUGUCCGUGUUCUUAGUGCUUUUGAAUGUAAUUCAUGUGAUCUUUAUAACCCUAUGAGGUUAAGUACUGUCAUUAUUUUCAUAAUUCAGAUCAGGUAAUAAAGAUCAAGUAAUAAGGUAACUUGUCCAAGGUCACAUAGCUAGUGAGAGGUAGCAGUGGGAUUCAAACCAGAUAGUCUGAUUCUAUAGCCUGUGUUCCUAACAUUCCUCUUAUUAAUGAUAGUGGUACAUUAUCCAUUUAGGCUAGUGCAGGGCCUCAAUUGGUUGUCUAGGAAUAAAGACCUCAUUCUGCUUUAAAAUUUAAAGUAGAUGACCUCAAGCUUUUCAUGUUUCUUAAAAGCAUUUAUUUAUUUAUUUAAACAAAUUUUUUAAAAAGAUUUUAUUUAUUUGAGAGAGAGAGAGCAGGAGAAACCAUGAGAAAGCACAAGCGGGGGGAGGGUCAGAGGGAGAGGGAGAAGCAGACUCCCUGCUGAGCAGGGAGCCCAACUUGGGCCUUGAUCCCAGGACCCUGGGAUCAUGAUCUCAGCUGAAGGCAGAUGCUUAACUGACUGAGCCACCCAGGCACUCUUCUUUUUUUUUUUUAAUUUUAUUAUGUUAUGUUAGUCACCAUACAAUACAUCAUUGGUUUUUGAUGUGGUGAUCCACGAUCCAUUGUUUUCGUAUAACACCCAGUGCUCCAUGCAGUAUGUGCCCUCCUUAAUACCCAUCACUGGGCUAACCAAUCCCCCUCCUCCUCCCCUCUAAAACCCUGUUUGUUUCUCAGAGUCCAAGUCUCUCAUGGUUCAUCUCUCCCUCCAAUUCCGCCCCCCCCAUUUUUCCCUUCCUUCUCCUAAUGUCCUCCAUGCUAUUCCUUAAGUUCCACAAAUAAGUGAAACCAUAUGAUAAUUGACUUUCUCUGCUUGACUUAUUUCGCUUAGUAUAAUCUCCUCCAGUCCCAUCCAUGUUGAUGUAAAAGUUGGGUAUUCAUCUUUUCUGAUGGCUGAGUAAUAUUCCAUUGUAUAUAUGACCCCAUCUUCUUUAUCCAUUCAUCUGUUGAAGGGCAUCUCGGCUCUUUCCACAGUUUGGCUAUUGCGGACAUUGCUGCUAUGAACAUUGGGGUGCAUAUGGCCCUUCUUUUCACGACAUCUGUGUCUUUGGGGUAAAUACCCAGGAGUGCAAUCGCUGGGUUAUAGGGUAGCUCUAUUUUUAAAUUUUUGAGGAACCUCCACACUGUUUUCCAAAGUGGCUGUACCAACUUGCAUUCCCACCAACAAUGUAAGAGGGUUCCCCUUUCUCCACAACCUCUCCAACAUUUGUUGUUUCUUGCCCUGUCCAUUUUUCCCAGGCGCCCUUCUUAAAAGCAUUUAUAUUGAACUUGUGUCACAGACUUAAAUGUGUUUUCUGAGUUAAAGUACAUAGCCUGGAAGAUGUUUUUCUUGGUGAAGAUGAACACUGGGCUGUAAGUAAUUAAAUGACCACAAAAAUUGAUAUUAUAGGUGCUUUUACUAUUAGCUAAAAGAAUUUUUUUUCAUAGUAGUAACUUUUUUCUAGCUUGGACAACCAAUAAUCUUGCCUACAUGUAGAAUGCCAUUUUCAGAGAGUAAGAUUCAUGUUCUGUUAGAUGGCUUUUAGCUGUUGGUUCUGUUGGAUUAUCUGGGGCAGUCUUAAUUUGGCUUUUACUUACAUUUCAAAGGUAUUAUCAGUAAGGCAUUUGUACUGUUAUGAAGUAAGUUUAAACUUUUAAAAGUGUGUAAGUACAUGUUUUCAUUAUUUUUAAUCUGUAGAUUAUUUUAAGGACAAUUUGAAAUUCAAAUUGUUCUGGUUAGGUUUAUAGUCAUCUUUUCAUAAUUCAAAAUAAACAGACUCAGCUUCUUCAAAAGUUGCGGAUUGUACCUUGGGUGCUUUAAUGACCUUUCCUGGGAUGAAAAGUCCUAUUAUGUCUUUCCCCACCCCUCAAAUAACAGUUUUUGUUUUUAACAGUUUGAUUGCUAACCAGUUUUAAAAUGUCUUUCAUUAGCCUUAGGAAAUGCCAAGGUCUUAGUAUGGUUCUGUUUACUCUGUUGGGACACUCAGUUUUCUUAUAUUCUUCCAUUAGAAAUAACUGCUCUCUGGGAAGACUCAUUAGACCUGAAGUAUAAAUGAUUGAGUAGCUUAAAAUGUUAUUUUUUUCAGAGGGAUUUUGCUUUUAGUAGGAAUCUAAAUUGUAAUUGUUUUGUAUCCCUAUAAUGCUUUAGCUUUGUCUUAUGUAUUUACAUAAUAGGAACUCAAUAAAAACUUAUUAACUAAAACGUCCAUAAGAGAAAUUUGUCAUCUUAGCAAAUGAAAAAGUUGUAGUUUUUUGAGCAGGGGCCUUUUCUAGAAUCUUGUAUGUCAUGUAAGCCACCAGCUACUCUGCCCAGGAUGGCUGUGAAGAAUGAGCAAUAGUAUGUUGCUCAUAUGCUAUAAAGGUGAGCAGUAGGAGAUGAUUGCAAAAUCAUCAGUCAUCCAAAAAUAAUUUGUAUUGGCUUUGGAAUUUGUUGUUUUAUAUACAAUUUGGAAAUGGAUGUGUAAGAUUUUAUAGUUCUCAGUACUAAAGGCCAUGCUGUGAAGACUUAAUGAUAGCUAGAAAGUUGUACUGUUUCUCAGUUCUCUUUUCUUGCUCAAUUUUCUGGUCUUCAUUCUAUACUAGAAAUAGACAGAAUUACCUCUCAGAUUUGCAAAACAUGAUCCUAGAGCAAGGAUUUUUCUUUUAUUCUAAUGUACUCUACUAAAACCUAGGGAGUGGUCGGCAGUUUGUUUAGUUGUUGCUGGAUACUAGGCUGAAUAUAGGCCGGUAAACAGUAUUUAAGAACAGCCAAUAUAGCAGUACUAAUAGGAAACCAGAUGCAAGAUAUCAGUAAGUUAAAAAUAUAGUUAAAUUGCCUUCAUAUAAUCAGUCUGUUACUGAGUUUCUGUGGGUUGAUUUCUUUUUUUUUUUUUUUUAAGAUUUUAUUUAUUUAUCUGAGAGAGAGAAUGGGAGACAGAGAGCAUGAGACGGGAAGGGUCAUAGGGGGAAGCAGACUCCCCGCUGAGCAGGGAGCCCGUUGUGGGACUCGAUCCUGGGACCCCAGAAUCAUGACCUGAGCCGAGGGCAGUUGCUUAACCAACUGAGCCACCCAGGCGCCCUGUGGGUUGAUUUCUAUUUAUUUAUGCUCACUGAUAGAUCCUUUUUCAUAGUAAGACAUGAGCUUUUUUAUUUCAAUUUUUAAGGUGAAUUGACUAUUCAGUGUUGUAUGUAACAUAACUCUUAAAUUGAUAUUUUCCCCAUUAGCUUGCUUUUUCACCUUUUUGGAGAAGAAACUCAGGAAUAAUUUCCUUCUAUAAUUUUAUUCUGCACUUGUCCCUACACAUAAUAGCAAAUCACUUUUGAUAGCCUCUUCUCUAAGUAGAUUGAUUGUCUUAUUCUUAGCUGGGCAGAUAAAAGUUAAAUGAAAGGAACUGCUAGCUGAUUGUGUAGGGGGACUGAAGAUUUCACAUUUCUGCUUAGCUUUUUUUUUCAUUCCCAUCAUACUAUACCCCUCCCUUUCCUUCCCAUCAUUCUCCUUUCUCCCUAACAUUGUUUUUUUUGUUU